AUGGCGGGUGUGGGCCCAGGGCUUCGGAACCAGCCACCGGAGGGUCAGCGGAGGCGGCGUUGUGCAGACAUUGAUCUUCGUAAAGGUUUUUCAGGCAAAGUCAUUAACAAAGAUUUGCGACAUUACCUGAGUCUUCAGUUUCAGAAAGGAUCAAUUGACCACAAACUGCAGCAAGUGAUCAGAGAUAAUCUCUACUUGAGAACCAUUCCGUGCACCACAAGGGCCCCCAGAGAUGGGGAAGUACCAGGGGUGGACUAUAAUUUCAUUUCUGUUGAACAGUUCAAAGCACUGGAAGAGAGUGGAGCAUUAUUAGAAAGUGGAACGUAUGAUGGAAACUUCUAUGGGACUCCCAAGCCUCCAGCAGAGCCCAGCCCUUUCCAGCCCGAUCCUGUGGACCAGGUCCUCUUUGAUAAUGAGUUUGACACCGAAUCCCAAAGGAAACGAACCACCUCUGUCAGCAAGAUGGAGAGGAUGGACAGCUCUCUCCCCGAAGAGGAGGACGAUGAGGACAAGGAAGCCAUUAAUGGCACUGGACAUGCAGAAAGCAGAGAGAGGCAUUCCGAGUCAUCGGAUUGGAUGAAGACCGUCCCGAGUUACAACCAAACCAAUAGCUCCAUGGACUUCAGAAAUUACAUGAUGAGAGAUGAGAAUCUGGAACCACUGCCCAAAAACUGGGAGAUGGCCUACACGGACACGGGGAUGAUCUACUUCAUUGACCACAAUACCAAAACGACCACCUGGCUGGACCCUCGCCUUUGUAAGAAAGCCAAAGCCCCCGAGGACUGUGAAGACGGAGAACUUCCUUAUGGCUGGGAAAAGAUAGAGGACCCUCAGUAUGGGACAUACUAUGUCGACCACCUUAACCAGAAAACCCAGUUUGAGAACCCAGUGGAGGAAGCCAAGAGGAAAAAGCAGUCAGGACAGGCUGAUACGGGGCCUUCCAAACCAGACACAGAAAAGUCCCACUUCACACGGGAUCCGUCCCAGCUUAAAGGCAUCCUGGUCCGGGCAUCAUUGAAAAAAAGCACAAUGGGCUUCGGUUUCACCAUCAUCGGAGGAGACAGGCCUGACGAGUUCCUGCAGGUGAAGAAUGUGCUGAAAGACGGCCCUGCCGCUCAGGACGGGAAAAUUGCACCAGGCGAUGUUAUUGUCGACAUCAAUGGCAGCUGCGUCCUGGGUCACACCCACGCAGAUGUGGUCCAGAUGUUCCAGCUGGUGCCCAUCAGUCAGUAUGUCAACCUCACCUUGUGUCGUGGUUACCCGCUCCCGGACGACAACGAAGACCCUGCCGUGGACAUGGUCGCUGCUACUCCCGUCAUCAACGGACAGUCACUGACCAAGGGCGAGAACACUCAGGAUUUUAAGUCGGGGGCGAUGGCUCUGGACCAGAAUGGAAAACCGGGACAGGUCCUGGCCGGUGACCGUCUCAACGGGCCGUCGGACGCGAGCGAGCAGCGAGCGUCCAUGGCCUCCUCGGCCAGCUCCCAACCCGAACUCGUGACUGUCCCUCUGAUCAAGGGCCCUAAGGGCUUUGGGUUUGCGAUUGCUGACAGCCCCACCGGACAGAAGGUGAAGAUGAUCCUGGACAGUCAGUGGUGCCCGGGCCUCCAGAAGGGGGACGUCAUUAAGGAAAUCUACCACCAGAACGUGCAGAACUUGACGCACCUCCAAGUGGUCGAGGUGCUGAAGCAGUUCCCAGUGGGCGCGGACGUGCCCCUGCUCAUCCUGAGAGGAGGUCCUCCUUCACCCACGAAAACUGCCAAAACGAAAACGGAUAAAAAGGAACAUUCGGGAAGCUUGGAGGCCGUGAAUGAGCCCAUGCCGCAGCCUCUGCCUUUCCCACCCAGCAUCGUCCGGUCCGGGUCCCCCAAGCUGGACCCCUCGGAGGUCUACCUGAAGUCCAAGACUUUAUAUGAAGAUAAACCGCCAAACACCAAAGACUUGGAUGUUUUUCUCCGGAAACAGGAAUCGGGGUUCGGCUUCCGGGUGCUGGGAGGAGACGGCCCUGACCAAGCUAUCUACAUCGGGGCCAUCAUCCCUCUGGGCGCCGCCGAGAAGGACGGCCGGCUGCGCGCGGCCGACGAGCUGAUGUGCAUCGACGGGAUCCCCGUGAAGGGCAAGUCCCACAAGCAGGUCUUGGACCUCAUGACCACGGCUGCUCGCAACGGCCACGUGCUCCUAACCGUCAGGAGGAAGAUCUUCUACGGAGAGAAACAGCCUGAGGAUGACAGCGGCCAAGCCUUCCUCUCGACACAGAACGGGUCUCCGCGCCUGAACCGAGCGGACGCCGCGGCCAGGCCCGCGCCCCCGGAGGCCUACGAGGUCGUCUUGCAGCGGAAGGAGAAUGAAGGGUUCGGCUUCGUCAUCCUCACCUCCAAAACCAAGCCGCCCCCAGGAGUUAUUCCUCAUAAAAUCGGCCGAGUCAUAGAAGGAAGCCCAGCUGACCGCUGUGGGAAGCUGAAGGUGGGAGACCACAUCUCAGCAGUGAAUGGGCAGUCCAUCGUCGACCUGUCCCACGACAGCAUCGUCCAGCUGAUCAAGGACGCCGGCGUCACUGUCACGCUGACGGUCAUCGCUGAGGAAGAGCAUCAUGGUCCACCAUCGGGAACAAACUCAGCCAGGCAGAGCCCAGCCCUGCAGCACCGGCCCCUGGGACAGUCACAGGCCAGCCACGCGCCUGGGGACAGUGAGACUUACAGACACUCGUGGGCGGACCACAAGCAACUCCCCCAGCCCGACGCGGCCGUGAUCUCCGCUGUGGGCAGCCGGCACCACCAGGGCCUGGGCUGCUACCCGGUGGAGCUGGAGCGCGGCCCCCGGGGCUUCGGGUUCAGCCUCCGCGGGGGCAAGGAGUACAACAUGGGGCUCUUCAUCCUGCGCCUGGCCGAGGACGGGCCCGCCCUCAAGGACGGCCGGAUUCACGUCGGGGACCAGAUUGUGGAGAUCAACGGGGAGCCCACACAAGGCAUCACGCACACGCGCGCCAUCGAGCUCAUCCAGGCCGGCGGGAACAAGGUGCUCCUGCUGCUGAGGCCGGGGACGGGCCUGAUUCCUGACCACGGCGAUUGGGAUACCACUCUCCCUCCAUCUCCCCACGUGAUCUACGACGAACAGUCACCAUCGGCCCCACCCUCGCGUUCCGCGUCCAUGGUUGAAGAGCCGCACGUGCCGGUAACUGGAGACUCCUCGGCGAGAGCUCAGACGCGGGACCAGGCAGAAGAACUCCCGGACGCGGCGCCUGGGAGGAAAGGCACUUCCCAUCAGUCUCUCCUCCAGAAAAACGCGAGCAAGAGGGACCCACCUGCCGGCCACGGGCACGGCGACAAGAAGAACCUCUUAAAGGUGGAAAACGGUGUCUCCCGGCGCGGUAGGUCCGCCAGUCCUAAAAAGGCCGCCAGUCGCUAUGCAGAGGACCAUCUAGAAACGAUUCCCGGUCCUCUCAAAAGUGACCCGAAAAGACGGCCCCGGGACCGGUCCUCCAGCCCCAGGAGAGGCUGGAGUAAAAGUGGGCCCAGCAGCGCCAGGGCAGGUCCUGGACAAGACCCUGCCAGGAGCAGCAGAGGGCGCUCUUCAAGCCCCAAGAAGCAGCCGAGGACCGAGGGCAGCAGAGACCCCCCAGGGGCCCCGGCCAGCGAGGGCGCCCAGCCGGCCUCGGAUGGGGUCAGGAACGAGGCGAAGCAGGGUCCGCCUGGGAAAACCAGAGCUCGCUCUCCAGAGAAAAGAAGCAAGAGGCUGGAUGAGAAGUCGCUCCCGUCCAAAAAGACUCCUCUCGUUGCCAGCCGAGGAGGACCUGAAAGUGAAAAAGGAAAGCGAGCCCCCUUCGGAGAAGCGUCGGAAAAGAAGCUGAAGCCGGACCCAGAGGACGACAGCGGGAAGGAGGCGGCCGACAGCGGCCGGCCAGGGCCCUGGAAGGUGCCCAGUGCCAGCAAAGCCUCGGGCUCGACUGGGGUGGCCGAGAGACGGCUGUGACCUGUCGUGUAAGCGUUUCCCCCCAAAAGUCGUUCUUCCAGAAACCCCCACGCCUGAGAACAUUUUGACUUCACUGGGGCCGCACGAAGGGCCCUGGUUUGCUGAGACGCGCCGGCCCCGGGCUGCCUGCCUCGCCCUCAUGCUGUCUCAACAGAUGGCCUACGUGACGUUAACAGUGUGGUCACAACUCACUUUAGGUCUGUGCCAAGUUCUCGGCUGCCCCGCGUCCAUUUCCUCCUCCUCCCGCAGUAUUCCCGCAGCAGUGAAGCCGAGGCGUGGCCUGGAAGCCAUGUUCUCAAUCGCAUGUUGCAUGUUUACAGAGGACCAUUCGAGUCCCCGCAGGAGAGGGGGCCUCGCUCGUGGCUACAGAUGGCGGUGCCUCUUCCGACAGCUCCCGACGACGUCCCAGUUCAGAAAUACAACAUCACUGUCCCUGCCGCAAAGAAAAACAGGUAGUCAGAUCCUGACCUCGCGCGGUUUUCUGUUUCAGUGCCGCUGGGGAAGGUGUUUCAAGUAACUUAAAGGUGUUACUUACAACUGCACGUUCCGCAGGAGACCGCACUGAAGCCAAGCGGCGUCCACCUCCUGGCCCCCCAGCCGGGAUCGUGGCCGCUCCUGUGGGAACACCCUGUGCUCCUGGCCGAAGAAAAACUAGCAGGUUUCGAUUUCUGGCUGUUUUGGUGGCACCUGCUAAGUCACUGGUUGUUAGUUCAUAUUUGAAGCGUCACAAUCAGAACCCGUCUCAGUCAUGCCAGCAGCUGCACAGAGGCUGCCGGGCCUCAGCCCCCUCGCAGCUGAGGACACGCAGGGGACAGACAGGCUGGGCCUCCCUGCCUUCCUCGCUCCACUAACUCCGUCUAAAGACGAAAAAGGGAGCCCAAACCUCCGGUCGCCUGUGCGGACCCGCGGGUCUAAGGAAAGAUGCUGUGGGAGGUGGAGGCAGGGUUUAACCACAGGAGAGCCGUGUUUUUCAGCCCCUGAAGCAGCGUUCAGUAGCAGCUCGAAAUAAAGAAACUUCUCAGAACAAAACCCUGUGGGAGUGUCUGGACACACUGCCUGUCCCUCGGGUUCCUCUGGUUGUGAAACGUCGUGUCCAGGCCCCUCCCACUCGGCGUCUGGCUGUGAAGCUCCCUCCUGGGACGAGGGACUCAGCCUGUCCCGACGCCCCUCCCGUGACCCCGGAGCAGCGCAGAACUAGGCUUGGUUACGCUCAGAGUUAGCGCCACAGACAUGAUUUAUUUCCCCCGUAGCCCACAAUUAGUGAUAACAAUCCUAUUUUUAUUGUUAACUGUGACAUGACUUGGAUGUCAUGUGUUGUCAGUCUGAUGUGGCUGUUUCCUAAGUAACCUGUCACUGUAUUGAUUAUAUUCUGACUUAGCAAUGUGGCCUUGGAAUGCUAAGCAAAUAUGGAUGUACUGGUUGUAAAUGUUUAUAUAUUGUACAGUACCUUUAUAUAUACACCUGAGGUUCUGAUUAGAGAAAGAGAUCUGUAAAUGGCUCGCUAUUUUUUAUAUAGAUAUUAAAAAAAUCAAAAACCAA